AAUUCAGUCACGAACUUGCCGCAAAACGUGCUGAUCGGAGCCCGGUGUGCUUGCAUCACUUCACGUGGACUUUCAGCAUUUUAUGCUGUUUUCUUGUUAAUGACAGCUGUUUUGCAACACAGGAGCAGGGGACCACGUUACUGUCUUGCUUUAUGCUAGAUGCACAUUUUCCAGUCUAGAAAUCCGAAGUCUUGAAGGCCAUCGCGGCGCGAAAACUGUGCAUUGAAGCCCCCCUCCCCAUCCCAUUGAAGUUUCCAAUAUGGAGAUCGAGGUGGAAAGGAAAGGAACCUACAAGGUGGAGGCACUGAGAGAGAUCGAGCGUCAGGUUCAGAAGCGGUGGGAAGAGGACAAAGUUUUUGAGGUGGAUGCACCUGAGAAAAAUGAUGGGAACAAGUUCUUUGUGACCUUCCCCUACCCGUACAUGAAUGGUCGCCUCCACUUGGGCCACACUUUCUCUCUCUCCAAGAAUGAGUUCAUCAUGGGGUAUCGCCGUCUCCAAGGUAAAAGAUGUCUGUGGCCAUUUGGUCUCCACUGCUCAGGAAUGCCCAUCAAGGCCUGUGCAGACAAGUUACAGAGAGAGAUCCGAGAGUUCGGCUAUCCUCCCGUCUUUCCUAAGACUGUGGCUAAGGAGGAGGCUCCUGUGGACAAUGAACCAAUCAUCAAAGACAAGUCCAAGGGCAAGAAGAGUAAAGCAGCAGCGAAAGCGGGCGGGGCAGACUACCAGUGGCAGAUCAUGCAGUCCCUCGGACUGAAGGACGAGGAAAUCAAGAACUUUGCGGAGGCUGCGUACUGGCUGGAGUACUUCCCUCCGCUGGCUAAACAGGACCUGCAGAGUAUGGGGCUCAAGGUUGACUGGAGGCGUACCUUCAUCACCACUGAUGCCAACCCCUACUACGACUCGUUUGUGCGAUGGCAGUUCCUCACGCUCAAGGACAGGAACAAGGUCAAAUUUGGCAAGAGGUACACCAUUUUCUCCCCAUUUGACAAGCAGCCUUGUAUGGACCAUGACAGGCAGACUGGUGAGGGAGUCGGACCACAAGAGUACACCCUUAUCAAGAUGAAAGUGUUGGAACCCUACCCACCAAAGCUGAGCGGCCUGAAAGGAAAGUCCAUCUUCCUUGUUGCUGCGACCCUGCGUCCUGAGACCAUGUACGGGCAGACCAACUGCUGGGUGCGUCCCGACAUGCGCUACGUGGCGUUCCAGACCGUCGGGGGCGAGGUGUUCGUCAGCACCAGGAGAGCGGCACGCAACAUGGCGUACCAGGGAUUCACUAAGGAUGAUGGGAAGUACGAAACGCUGGUGGAGCUAGUUGGGCAGGAUAUCAUGGGCGUGGCCCUGAAGGCCCCCCUGACCAAGUACGACAAGAUCUACACCCUCCCCAUGCUGAACAUCAAGGAGGACAAGGGAACGGGCGUGGUCACCAGCGUGCCUUCAGACGCUCCGGAUGACUUUGCCGCUCUUAGGGAUCUAAAGAAGAAAAAGCCAAUGAGAGAGAAGUAUCAGGUGACAGAUGAAAUGGUCUUGCCCUACGACCCCGUGCCGAUCAUUGAUGUCCCCGGGUUCGGGAACCUGUCCGCAGUGACAGUCUGUGACCAGCUCAAGAUCCAGAGUCAGAACGACAAGGACAAACUGCUCGAGGCCAAGGAAAAAGUCUACCUCAAGGGCUUCUAUGAAGGGGUGAUGCAGGUAGGAGAAUACAAGGGCAAGAAGAUCCAGGAUGUCAAGCAGGAUGUCAAGAAGAAAAUGGUUGACAAGAGGGAGGCUGUGGUGUACAUGGAGCCGGAGAAACAAGUCAUGUCGAGGUCGGGGGACGAGUGUGUGGUGGCUCUGUGUGAUCAGUGGUACCUUGACUAUGGGGAAGACGGGUGGAAGAAGCAAACAGCUACAGCACUGCAGCAGGUGGAGACUUUCACAGAUGACGUGAGGAAAAACUUUGAGGCUACGCUGGACUGGCUGCAUGAACAUGCCUGCUCCAGGUCCUUUGGGCUGGGUACAAAGAUGCCGUGGGAUGAAAAGUACCUUGUAGAGUCCCUGUCUGACUCCACCAUCUACAUGGCGUACUACACUGUGGCACAUCUACUGCAGGGAGGGACUUUCAACGGCUCCAAACCUGGACCUCUGGGAAUCAGACCAGAGCAGAUGACCAGGCAAGUAUGGGACUAUGUGUUCUUCAAGUCGGCGCCCUUCCCAAAAACGGAUAUUCCCAAGGACAAGCUGAACAGGAUGAAGCGAGAGUUUGAGUACUGGUACCCUGUAGACCUGAGGGUGUCGGGGAAGGACCUGGUGCCCAACCACCUGACUUACUUCCUGUACAACCACUGUGCCAUCUGGCCAGACAGCAAAGACAAAUGGCCACAAGGUGUGCGAGCCAAUGGGCAUCUGUUGCUGAACUCUGAAAAGAUGUCCAAGUCUACUGGGAACUUCCUAACACUGAGUGGUGCCAUUGAGAAGUUUUCUGCAGAUGGAAUGCGGCUGGCGUUGGCGGACGCAGGGGACACCGUGGAGGAUGCCAACUUUGUGGAGAGGAUGGCGGAUGCGGGGAUCCUGCGCCUGUACACAUGGCUGGAGUGGGUGAAGGAGAUGCUGGCCACGAAGGACACUCUGAGGGGGGGACCCCCCACAAACUGGUCAGACAGGGCCUUCGUCAGCUCAAUGAACAAAGGCAUCCUGGAAACUGCUGCCAGGUAUGACAGGAUGAUGUUCAAGGAGGCUGUGAAAACUGGCUUCUAUGAGUUUCAGGCUGCGCUGAGUAAGUACAAGGAGAUAGCUACAGAAGGCAUGCACCGAGAGCUGGUGUUCAGGUUUAUCGAGGUGCAGACCCUGGUGCUGGCUCCCGUCUGUCCGCACCUCUGUGAGCACAUCUGGGGGCUGCUGGGAAAGAAGGAGUCCAUCAUGCAUGCAGCCUGGCCCCAGGCAGGGCCUGUAGAUGAGGUGAUGAACGAGGCGCUCGACUACCUCAUGGACGUCGCUCACGACUUACGCAUCCGCCUCAAGAACUUCGCUGAACCAAAGGGCAAGAAGGGUGCCAGCCAGCCGCCAGCCCAGCGCCCCACCCACAUGACCAUCUGGGUCGCUAAGACCUUCCCCACCUGGCAACACUUGACCCUCAUGACCCUCAGGAAGAUGUAUGAGGAAAACAACAACAGCUUUCCGGAGAACAAGGACAUUGCCAAGACCCUUGGUGGGUUGGAAGAGUUGAAGAAGUACAUGAAGAAGAAGGUCAUGCCCUUCGUUGCCAUGGUCAAGACCAAUGUAGAGAAGCAGGGGACCAGAGCCAUGGACGUGACACUGCCAUUUGAUGAGAAGGCUGUCCUAGAGGAGAACAUGAAGUACCUUCUCAACACACUAGAGCUGGACUACAUCCAGGUGAAGUUCUCCACAGAGGCAGAGGAGAAGGUGAAGGAGGAGUGCUGUCCUGGGAAACCUCUCAGCAACCUCUGGGUGGAGCCUGGGGUGGAGGUGAGGUUUGUGAACCCCCAGCCGUGCAGCGGCCAUUUCAGCUUAAAUCUGCCCGUCCGUCAGGGCGACACCACGGACAAGGUGCUGGGGCGGAUCGUGCGCAUGGACAGAUCAAUCAAAGAUACCACUCAAAUCAAGCUGAUGCGCUACGAUGACCCCAAUGUGGGGCCCAGAUCCAUCCCCGUUUUCAACCAACCAGAGAAGGGGAAGACUGCCAUCCCAGAGUCCUCUGUCUUCACUGUCAACCUGGAAACCCAAAAUGUCUCCGUGUCUGAAAACGGGAAGUCUAUAGACGUGGGGAGAACUCUGGUGUACCUUGUACAAGGAGCAGAUUUCUAGACAUUAUCUAAUAUGUUACAAAUGUAUAAUCAAGGGUUAAUGACCCACCCAAGGAGUUUAUGGUGACAUAACACAUGGCCAGUUCCUAAUAAUCACUGAAUAAGCCACCGAGUGAGCAAAGUGAAUGAUGUUGUUUUAUUAGGUGGUUAUACACUGUCUAGGCAUUUUGUCACUGUUGCAUAACAAUGAGGGAAAAGUAAGUCAUUUAGAUUUUUAUUAUGUAGCAAACUCAAACUGACAUCAAUAUUGUUCAAAAAGUUUAGAUAUCAUCAUUCCUACUUACAAGUGUGCAUUAUUGGCCAAACGUUAAUGCACGGCUUUUUUCUUCAUCAACCCAUGGUUAUACAUGUAUAUGACGUUAUGGCUGUAUAACCAACAGAAAUGGAGGCUUCCAACUGCUUUUCAUGAAAUCUAGAUUACUGGUACCUCAGAGCUGAUCAGUGUGAUUUUUACUACGUGACAUUAGUGAUAUUUUGCACAAAAAUUUCAUUAUAAGCAAUUGUGAUACAGUAGUUGUUUACUGACUGGGUUGCACAUGUUGAUUGCACAUUUUCUAAUUCAUAAAGCAAUGUUCUAACUCCAAAAAAGAGUGCAGGGAAAAGGGUACACUUAAGCACAAAACAGUAAAAUUGAUAUUAACAUUAUCAAAUACACAA